AUGGUCGUAGCUUAUCUUCCCCGGUCUGAGAAGGAGGAGUAUGAUCAUGAUCACCCGCAUCUGAAGCCCAAUUCCCACUCGUUCGCCGGCCGGCUCGGUGGCAACCAGGAUUUUAUCCUGGACCGGAGUGACCCCAAGAAUGUUGAGAUGCUGGAGAAGAUGCCCGAUGCGGCCCCAUGCAUGACGUUCGCCGAGAUCUUCGAUCUAAAGGGCUUCUGUAGUCCAGAUCUAUGGAAGUUCGCGAUGCUGGAAUGUGUCGCUAGUUUGAUGAAUGUCUUCAUCUCCUCCUGGGUCACUACGCAUCCCAUGGCGGCUACGUCUUACCCCACGGCAGGUGCUGGCAUCUAUGACACCGUUACAUUCUUUUCCCCGCUGUUCGGAGGCAUCACCAAUCUCCUCAUGACUCCACUCCUGAUCUACACCUUUGGCGCGUCGAGUGGAGGCCAUAUCAGCCCGACUAUAACCAUGGCGUGCUUCUUUACCCGGAUCAUCUCCUUCCCGCGUAUGGUGCUGUAUAUUGCUGGGCAAACGCUGGGCGGUGCUCUUGCGGGUUUCGCACUCAACACGGCCUACGGUAACCGGAAUUUUACCGUGGGAGGAUGUCACAUUGACACGAGCUUUGUGCCGCCCAAGGAUGCCCUGGUCAUCGAGUUCAUGGCGUGCCUGAUCCUGAUUUUCCUGGCUUUCGGCGUUGCCCUUGAUCCUCGACAAGCCAAGGUCUUUGGCCCUGCCGUUGGCCCGUGGUUUGUGGGUAUUGUUCUGGCGGUGGUUUGCUGGGGAACCGCAUUCACCCGUGAGGGAUAUAUUGGAGCGAGUCUUAACCCGGCACGGUGCUUCGGAGCCUAUGUGGCGUCGGAGUUUCCCACUUAUCAUUGGCUCCACUGGGUUGGACCACUGGCGGCCUCUAUCGCGCACGGUCUGGUGUACUUUGUUGACCCACUUUGGACCGAGACGCGGAGUUCGCCGUGA